AUGGCUCCGCCGCAGCAUACGAGAGACUGUGUUUGGGACGGCGAAUCGUGGUCUCAUCAUGCAGCGGAUUGCGUUCUGCAUGACGACUCUCUUUCGCCACACGACAGACGUGAGAUUGCGCACGCUGGCUCCGCGGGUAAAUCCAAGGAUGCCCCCGGACGCACGGUGCAAGAGAUGGGCGGUCAAGCUUCCAGGGCGAUUACUGGGGAUCAUAACGGCACCACGGAGGAGGCCAAGGUUAGGAAGAAUACUCCGAUCGUCGCCAAUGACGUGGCGAUGGGAGAUGUGGGGAAUGAAGAUCGCCUAGCUACGAUGGAGAGAAGGCUGCAGGCACUGGAGGCACGGGAGAAGCAGAUGUUCAAGAGGAAGAGCGAGUUUGGUGAUGAGGGGAAGCAUGAAGAUGAUGAGAUCAAGCCGGACAUGGAGCAGAGGCUGCGUCUGCUGGCGGAGAUCGAUGGUCUGAAGGGGCAGCUUCGGGCUAGGCAAGAGGAAGGUCUCAAGAGUGAGGAAGAGCUUGCUGCGGCGAAGGGUACUAUUGCAAAUCAAGAGAAGGAGAUCGAGAUUCUCAGGAGAUCCUUGAAAGCGCAGAAAGAGGAAGGUUGCAAGGAGAUGGAAUCUUUCAAGACAAGUAAGGAUGUAGAGAUCCUAGAGAUGAAAAAGUCAAAGGAGGCAGAGCUCAAAGACCUCCAGACGUGCAUGGAUGAGAAGCUCAGACAACUCGAAUUGGACAUGGAUGAAGAAAUCUGCGACUUGAAAUCUGAUCUCAAAGAAGUCGAGGAAGACAAGGAUGACUUGGAGGAAGAAAUAUACGACUUGAAAAAGAAGCUCAAAGCUACCAACGAAAAGAACAAUGGCUUGGAGGUAAUGCUGUCCUCGAUAAAGGAUGCUGUCAACAGAGAUGAGUCUGCGAGAUCGGCCAAGCGGCCUAGGAUCGACUCGGGGCCCCGUAAAGGUGCAAUGCCUGUUUCCCCGUUUGCCACUAAAUCACCUCUCCCAGCUACAGAAACGUCUUUCGAAAAGCUUCGUGAGAGCUAUCCCGGUAUUAAGUUCAUUGCGCAAGUUGGGAACUUGAUGUGGUCCGGUCCACAACUUCCAGAAUGCUUGCACACUCCACUGCUCGACUUCGUGCAGGAUAUCGUGCAACGUCGCAAAUUCCUGACAAAGGGUGAUUCUCGGAGACACGAAGUAUUUACUAAUCCGCGAAGAGUGUCUAGCUGUGUGGGCCAAAUGACGGCUCAUACUACAUCUGUCUCAAUAUGGCCAAAAUCCCAGCCAAGAAAGCGAGCUUGCUACCGGUGCUCUAAGAGGCAAAGCCUCUGUGUCAUAGUCAAUGCAGAGUCCGACUCGAAAGAUUUUAUUGUGUUGCCUCUGAUGAAAGAACUUCGGAUCACCUCUGAUUACAAGAACAUCGACAUGUGGAUAUGCCAGAAGUCGGACGAUAUUCGUACACCAAUCCUCGCGGACUACAAUCACUGGGAGCCUUGACGGGGAGUGACGGAAAUGGGAGGAGGAAUCGUACCACGCGAGAUCUUAUCGAAAAGCGAUUGUUAUAAUUGCUUUCAUUUUGACAUUUUGCCUCGCAAUUUUCGCAAUGUUUUUUGUUCUCUCAUUUUCCUAUUCUACACCUGGUCAUUUUCCAUUCUAUCUCCAAAUCUCAUCACCCAUUCUCAAAACUGAAGCUAUUUCAAGGUUAAAAGUCAGCGACACAUCCAUCAGGUAGUCAAAAGCUUCUUAGAAUUUCUUUUAGACAAUCCUAUCUCUAC